AUGGUGGACGGUUUUCUCCAUACAGAUUCUCCUACACCGUUCCACGUGUGGGACUUCGACAAGGAUGUCGGUGGAUGGGCGAAUGAUGCCAAUAACUGGAACCUGAAAUGGACUGUGGAUCGUGCCGACGGUGAUGGUUUGAUGUGCCUCUUUCGAAAACCUUUAACUCCGUUAAAGACUGAAGUGUCGGAUCCUUGGGAGAUUGAGGACCAUUCACCGAGCCGAGGGGAAGGGGAGGAUGUCAAGGCCUGGCUGUGGAGCCGCAAAAUCCCAGCCAAAUUCGGCAUAAGGUGUAUCACAUUGCUUUUCAAGGUUUCUCUCGGCAGUGACGCAUUCAUUGGCUCUCAGUCGGAUAUUGUCUCCGUUGCCAUGUUACAACAACUUCCUAGUCCGUUUCACGUGUGGGACUUCGAAAACGGCUUUGAUGGAUGGGUAAACGAUCUCAAUAAUUGGGACCAGAAGUGGAUUACUGAGAAGUCUGAUGGUGGCAGUUCGGUCUGUCUUUUUCCGAAAGCUUCGACUCACGUGAAAUCGGAAGAUGUGGAUCCUUGGGCGAUUGGGGAAGAGAACGAUGAGCAGUUGAUCUCAGUCGAUGUCAAAGCUCGACUCUGGAGCCGCAAAAUUCCUUCAAAGCUCUCAAUGCAGUGCAUCACCCUGUUCUACACAAUGUCUCUCGGAGGAGCCCAAAUAACUGAUUUACGAUCAGAGGCCGUCACUCUCGCUCUGUUGCAACGCAACCCACCAACGCCGUUUCAUGUGUGGACUUUUGAUCGGGGAUUCAGUGGAUGGACAAAUGAUGGCAAUAAUUGGGAUCAAAAGUGGCAUGUUGACACGUCGAUUCCUUCACAAGGUGGUAUCGUUUGUUUACUAAGAAAGUCCAUGGCCGUAACGGACCAAGAUGAACUUGCACCCUGGAUAGGCGAGGAAGGUCCUGCCGUCGAGGCUGAUGUUCAGGCGCGUUUGUGGAGUCCAAGGAUUCCGACGAGCGUCCGUAUGCGUUGUCUCACCAUGAAGUAUCGUAUUUCACUUGGACAACCUAUCGACAUUGAGUUUCGUCUGAUCUUCGAGUUUCUUCUUAUUUGGACCCCUCCGGCUUGGGUUCCCAAUUUUCCCCUGCCUAUUCGACUAAUGAAAAGACCUUCUUCUGCGCCCUUCCAUGUUUGGUCUUUUCACGAGGAUUUGGCUGAUUGGAACAACGACUACAAUAAUUGGCGUCGAAAGUGGGACGUUAUUUCCAUUGAUGGAACCAGUCAGCACAGAUCGGUGUGCCUCCUGGCAAAAGCACCUUUGCAGCUAGAGUCCACGAAAUCCAAAACACCCUGGCUGGUCACGAAUAGCUUCGAUGACCCGUUGUACAUAAAGGCCCGUCUUUGGAGUCCACAAAUUCCUGUCAAGUUGGGCAUGAAGUGCCUAACUGUCUUUUAUACGAUUGUAUCAGGCGAUACACCGACUCCGUUCUAUACGUGGUUGUUCGAUGGGAGCCUGGAAGAUUGGUCAAAUGAUUUGAAUAAUCGGCACCAGAAGUGGAAUGCUAUUUCCGUGGCUGGCAAAAAAGCAUUGUGUCUUAUGGCAAGGGCUCCUCCCGCACCAGCUUCUCAUGAUACAAGAAAGGCUCCGUGGCUAGUUGAUGAAACCACAAAGUCAGUUUCAACCGACGUGCAAGCUCGUCUCUGGAGCUCUGAGAUACCCGCCAAACUUGAACUGAAAUGCCUUGUCCUGUGGUACAGCAUUUUCAUGGAGCCACCAAGGCCAUUCUACGUCUGGCGAUUCGAUGAAGACCUUUGUGAAUGGACCAACAGCGAAAGCAAUUGGCGACAAAAGUGGCGCAUCGAUAAGUCCGCUGUUUGUCUUCACGCCAGAAGGAAGGCAGGUAGCGAGUUCCAGUCGUCAUGGCUUUCGGGGAAAUUUCAGCACAGCCCCAACUCUGCCUCAGUUGACAUCCAGGCGCGAUUGUGGAGUCCACUGAUUCCUUCUGCUAUUGGUAUUCGCUGCAUCACCUUCGAGUACUCUCUGCAGUUCUUCCAAACUCCAGCAUUUCUGAGUCAAACGCACCUCAAUUGUACCUUUGAAGCUGGGAGUCUUUGUGGAUGGACGAAUGAUGCCAAUAAUUGGCUGGCUUCAUGGCAAAUCAUUGUAAAAGUUGGAUCGUCUCUCUGUUUGAAGCCCCAUCGAUCCGGCUCAGCACCACAGAUGGACUUAUCCGGUCGACUCUACAGCCCUCUUUUGAGCGGUCAUGAUGGGAUUUCAUGUCUAAAAUUAAGCUAUAGCAUCAGUGUUCAUUCACCCUUCUUCUCAUGUGACUUCGAGUUGCCUGGCGUUCAAUCUCUUUGUGAAUGGAAGGAAGACCCAAGAGAUAAUGGUGCUUCUUGGAGUGUUCAGUGGAAUACAGAGCGCCACACCAAUACGCUGUGUUUAAUUCCGGCUCAAACACUAAACGACGAUGAUGAAUUCGGCCCAGACUUUGAUACAUCCACUCCUCGUGCAAGACUCUGGAGUCCGAGAUUUCGUGAAACACACGGAGAAACGGCUCCGCGGUGUAUCAAGUUUUCGUUCAUGUUUGACGGGCAGACUGACGAGUCUUUUCUGCUGAGUUUAAUGCGCCACUCGGCUGGCGAUGCUGUUAUCCAUGUCUGCUCUUUCUCUGAUACAGCAGUACCUCUUGCGGAAUCGAUCCUGGACUGUCAAUUCGAGACUCCCUGCAACUGGAUGCCUGACCCCCGAGAUAGCGCGGCCAAAUGGCAGAUUGAAAAUGGGUCUAUGUGUCUGCGAGCCACUCCCCAGCCCCACUUAGAAUCAUUUUUUUCCGAAGCUGGGUUUAACAGCGAUGAUAGUCGAGCACGACUAUGGAGUGCCAGUGUUCGUUCUUUCGGUUAUCAAGAUUUGAGGUGUUUGAGUUUCUUCUACGCAUUCUUUGCGACGUCGCGGGAGAAGACCACACUUUCUUUACUGCAUCACUCGUCGGGUCGUCAUUCCUUUGGUCUUUCCGUUUUUUCUGUCGAUUUUCUUCUUCUAGACUUCUAUCUCAAUUUUACUCUCUUUAGUGCAUGUGAAGAGAUGAUUGAUUCAAGGUCUGGGCGACCCUUCCGUGUAUGUGAACCCUCUCCCCUAUGGAACUCCGAAAUUAUUGAGGAAAGUUCCUCUUGGCUGAAGGCGUCCAUUAAUUUGCAGCAUAGGGACGGCGGUGAUUUCAAGAUCGUGCCGACAAAUUCUGGACCCUCUAACGGGGAAGAUGCACCCAAUUUGGUAAUGCCUUCGGAGUACCCUUAA